AUGGAUUUAACUCUUAUAUCGAACCAGCUGGAGUCAAUACCAAAAAGAUUCCCAGAUUGCUGUCUAGGAAUUUCCAACAGACUGAUCACUCACCUGGCUUCAAUCCUCCCAAAGAACCCCGAGUUCACCAUCUCAAUCGGCAGCGGAUCAGGUCUGCUGGAAGGCCUCAUCACAUAUUCCAAUGAAAAUAUGUCAGUACAGGGAGUGGAAGUAGAUUCCACGAUCAACCGGUAUAUCGCCGAAGAAGAUAUGAACGUCGUUGGCGGAGGGUGGGGCCUCUAUCCCAGCGCUCAACAAGCCAAGGCGUGGAUGUUUGUCUACCCUCGCGACCCUAGGCUAAUCACCAAAUACAUUGAUACAUAUGGUGAUCAAGCUGUUGAAAUGAUCGUGUGGCUUGGGCCGAGGGUAGAUUGGCCUGAUUAUGAACCUUGCUUUUGCAAAUCUACAUUCUCUGAUUUGCGUGUUUUGGAUAACAUUGGAUUGACGCCUUAUGAGACUGCAGUCGUUGCUCAAAGAGCAUCUUGA